AUGAAUUCACGCUUUCUCAUCUUCUUAUAUGCCACUGCAUUUAUACCGCUUGCAUCUGCACGUCUCGACCGCAAAGACCAACAUAACGACCGGCGGUGUAACUGUGGGAAGCGUCAGAAAGCAAAAAUUGUUUCUUCGAGAAUCAUCAAUGGUACGGAGGCCCCACCGGAACACUGGCCGUGGGUGGUGGGAAUCUAUGAUUCAACCGACACCUUAGUAUGUGGAGGGUCUUUAAUCAACGAGGAAUAUGUGGUGACCGCAGAGCACUGCUUUGCAAAUAAAGAUGCGUGUGAGUUUUCAAUUCGUCUUGGAACCAUUCUCAGAACCAAUUUCUCUCAAUGUAUCAAUACCCAACAAGAUUCAACUGCACAAAACAUGGCAGUCAAUCAAACAAAAUUACCCAGAGAAGUAGGUGAAGGCAACGUCUCAGUCAACAAGGCUUCAGAAAUCCAAGUGAUCUGUGUUGAAGUUGAAAGCAUCUGCACCCCUAUACAAAAGGAUUGUGGCCCUUUCUUGAAAGACAUUGCUGUUGUAAAAUUAAAAAAUAAAGUCAACUACUCAGAAAAUAUUCAGCCAAUAUGCCUUCCGGAAAACGGUGUCGAUCCUCCUACAAGCAGUCCAGCCUAUGCCGUGGGCUGGGGAAAAAUAUAUGCCCUCCGUUACAGCCCAAAGAUGGAGAACGGCAACCUCCCGGUUUGUCGUCUGCUAGCGGAAUCGAGCGCGUGCCCUCUCUCUUGUUUUACCCCGCCCAACCUGCUGAACUUCCCGAAUGUGUGGAGAGGGUGC